AUGGCAACAACCAAGCGCAGCGCCAAGUCGGAGACGGCGGUAACGGCCAAGGUGGAUGGGGCGCUGGAUGGCAUCGAUACAAAGGCGGCUGGCCCGCCUCAGUUUCACCCUCUUGCCAAGGUCCCAUCUCCGCUGCGUUUUGCUCUUGCGACUGCCAUGAGCUUCGUCAUCGCGAGUUUGGGGUACAGCAUUGUCAGCGAGCUAAGCGAGGGUGAACUGGCAUCAUUGAGCCGUCGCCAAGAUACCUGGGGCGAGCUGGCUAUGCUGGUAUCCUGGAGAAUCACCGAGCUGGCUGUGGCAUGGAUUGGCAAUUUGGAUGGCCUGGAUGUGGCCGCAAUGGAUUUCUUGUCUCACGGGCCCACGCUCUAUCUCCUCACCACCUUUUACUCCUUGAGCCGCCGCACUGCCCUCUCCGCCCUCGUGGUGGAUGUGCUCUCGGCGGCGGUGCCUUUUGCGAUCCUUCGUCCGCUCUCGGAUUUCCAUUGUCGCUCCAAGGCCGCUCGUCGCGAGCUCCUUGACUGGUCGCUGCAGCUGUACACGGCCACGCUGGCAACGGUCAUCUACACAGUGACACUUAUCCUCUCGCUUCGCUUCUUGCUGCCGCGCUAUCUGGCCAUCUACUUUUCCGGCCUGCCUACCCUCGUGCCUGCGUACAUGGCGUCCUACGGCGGACUGGUCCCCGUGAUGGCACUUUUCGGCGUCGCAGCGAGCACCUUUAUCUUUGCGCCGUUUGCAGCGACGGGCAAGUGCAAGGAGGAUGACAAGCUCGAAGAUUUUGACCCUGUCCAGGCGACGCUGGGCCAGACGGUAUGGUGGAACGUUUGGGGAUAUUCGGCCAAGACCAAGGUGGUGAUCCGACGAACGACGAUGGCCAUGUUCGUGACUGGUAUCAACACCUUCCUCGCAUGCGCCAUGACGGUCCAGGGCGUCCAAUCGACAGGUGCCAUGGCCUACGCCGCCGUUUGGGCAUCCGCAGUCAUCUUCACAGGAUUGGGCCUCGGACUGGUGGGCAGAGAAUGA